AUGGAGAUGCGAGGGAAGGCGGAUGAAAAGUUCAACAUGCCGAUCAUAUUCGACGAGGAGCCAACCGACAAGGAGAUGACGAAAUAUGCUAGCCAAUACAGUAUCUUCAAUGACAUCCUUCCUUCACUUGGCGGUCGAAACACUCAUCCAGUCCAGCUUCAUAAAUUUAUCGUCUCUCCCUAUGAUAAAAAAUAUAGGACUUGGGAGAGCAUCUUGUUUAUGCUGGUGCUCUACACGGCGUGGGUUUCCCCCUUCGAGUUCGGCUUCCUCCAGGAGAACAACGGCCCCUUCCGGCUAGCCGACAACAUCGUCAACGCUUUCUUCUUCAUCGACAUCGUCUUGACCUUCUUCGUUGCCUACCUCGACGAAGCCACCUAUCUUCUAGUCGACGACCCAAAGCCGAUCGCAAAGAGGUACCUGACCAGCUGGUUCAUCCUCGACAUUGUCUCCACCAUCCCUUCUGAGUUCAUGCUCAAAUUGCUGCCUCCCAAUCUCCAGUCUUACGGCAUCUUCAACAUGUUCCGCCUCUGGCGCCUCCGGCGAGUUAGUGCCAUGUUUGCUCGAUGGGAAAAGGAUAAAAGCUUGAGUUACUUUUGGAUUCGAUGCGCAAAGCUCGUCAGCGUUACAAUCUUCGCCGUGCACUGCGGUGGUUGCUUCUUCUUUCUACUUGCGGCAAAGUACCCCGAUCCGAAAAACACCUGGAUCGGUAUCACGACCGCAGAUUUCCACGAACAGAGCUUGUGGGUCAAUUAUGUGACAUCGAUGUACUGGUCUAUCACCACCGUGGCGACCGUUGGCUACGGCGACUUGCACCCCGUCAACACCUGGGAGAAGUUCUUCGACUUUUUCUUCAUGCUCUUCAGCAUGGGCUUAGACGCCUACUUGAUCGGAAACAUGACCAAUUUGGUCGUUCACGGCACGACCAGAACCCGAAAAUAUAGGGAUACGAUUCAAGCGGCGUCGAGUUUUGCUCGAAGAAAUCAGAUUCCAGAGAGGCUGCAGGAGCAGAUGAUCUCUCAUCUCAGCUUGAAGUUCAGGACCGACUCCGAAGGGCUGCAGCAGCAGGAGACGAUGGAUGCUCUUCCGAAAGCCAUCAGAUCGAGCAUUUCGCACUUCUUGUUCUUCCCCCUUGUCCAAAAUGUCUACUUGUUUCAAGGGGUUUCUCCUGACAUGCUAUUUCAACUGGUCUCCGAGAUGAAAGGCGAGUACUAUCCUCCCCGAGAAGAUGUGAUCUUGCAGAACGAAGCGCCGACCGAUUUCUAUAUCCUCGCAACCGGCACCGCGGAGCUGAUCGAUAGCCGAGGUGGAUCAGAGGAGAUUGUUAGGGUGGUUAAGAAAGGUGAUCUAGUCGGCGAGCUCGGAGUUCUCUGCUACCGUCCUCAGCUGUUCACGGUUCGGACGAGAUCGCUGUGCCAGCUCCUUCGCCUGAACCGCACCGCCUUCCUCAGCAUCGUUCAGGCGAACGUCGGGGACGGGACCGUGAUCGCCAACAACCUGCUUCAGUAUUUCAAGAGGCAAGGGGAUGAUCCAUGGAUGCAAGGGCUGCUGAGGGAAAUAGAGAGCAUGCUGACCCGAGGCAGAGUGGACCUGCCACUCACCCUCUCUUUCGCCGUCGUCAGAGACGACGAUAUCUUGCUGCAUCAGCUACUGAGACGAGGUCUGGAUCCGAAUGAGUCGGACAACGAGGGGCGCACGGCCAUGCAUAUCGCGGCGUCGAAGGGGAACGAGCAUUGUGUCAAGAUCUUGCUGGAUUAUGGUGCGGAUCCGAACAGUAGAGAUUGCGAGGGGAAUGUGCCGCUGUGGGAGGCGAUCCUGGGGAAGCACGAGAGAGUGGCGGAGAUUCUGGUGGAGAAUGGCGGCGAGCUCUCGGCUGGUGAUAUGGGCCGCUGUGCCUGUGCGGCCGCGGCGCAGAAUAGCGUGCAGCUGCUUGAGGAUAUGCUCCGGUGGGGAGGAGAUGUUGUGGCUGCGGCCGAGAACGACGGCAGCACCGCUCUCCACCGUGCCGUCUGCGAGGGGAAUGUUGCGGUGGUGGAGUUCCUGGUCCGGCACGGGGCUGAUGUGGAUAGGGCCGAUGCUCAGGGGUGGACGCCGCGGGGGCUGGCCGACCAACAGGGCCACGAGGAAAUCAAGGCACUGUUAGACGGCGCGAAGGGAGCCGGCGGUCCCGGCGCAGCCAAACCACCUCCUCCGGCUGGACUCCGGAGGUUUAGCAGCGAACCUUACAUUCCAAAACUGAACGUCGGGGGUGGAGCAGCCGUCGUAGCUUCUGCCGAGCAGCCGCGGUCGCCUAACUACUCGAACUCGCUGAUCGGGGUCGUGUCGGCUGCCAAUUUCGUAGUCCGGCAGGCGCAGAGCAGGACGCCGCCGGUCAUAGAAAGCCCUCCAAGGCAAAUGGGAGGCAGUGGCGGAAGGCGGCAGCAUCAGGCGAACUUAGCGCGGGUGACGGUGAGCUUCCCAGAGAGGGGCGACGCGGCGAAGAAGCUGGUGGCGCUGCCGAAGUCGAUGCAGGAGCUACAAGAGAUGGCGUCGAAGAAGUUCGCCGUAAAGGGCAAGGUGAAAGUAACGAACAAGGACGGGGCGCUGGUGGACGACGUGAAGCUGAUACGAGACGGUGAUCAUCUCGUCGUCGCCACCGACAGAUAA